UAGUCACUUCCUAAUAAAAGGAAUAUCCAGUCCUGUCUGAAUUAUUUAGGAGGACAAUUUGUAUCUCUUGUUACCACGUGGAAAAAAGGCUAUGUGGUUUGACGAGAACAAAAUAAGCAAGCUUUUGGUGUUGUUUAUUCUGAAUGUUUGGCACAAAUCCAACAUACUCUUAAGAGCCCAGGUCACACAGUCAAGUCAGUGUUAGGCUUUGGAGCAGUUUGCCACCGGACGAAUAAUCCACCUUCCAAAAAUGCAGAAUUUGCGAUGGUAAUUCACUCUUCAGGAUGUUCUCCAAUAAUGAUGAAGCUGCUAUCAACAAGAAGCUGCCAAAGGAGCUGUUGUUACGAAUUUUCUCAUUCCUUGAUGUAGUAACACUUUGCCGCUGUGCACAAGUCUCACGAUCAUGGAACGUGUUGGCUCUGGAUGGCAGUAACUGGCAGCGUAUUGACCUCUUCGACUUCCAAAGAGACAUUGAGGGCCGUGUUGUGGAGAAUAUUUCAAAACGUUGUGGAGGCUUCCUGAGGAAGUUAAGUCUCAGAGGAUGCCUUGGAGUUGGAGACAGUGCACUCAGAACGUUUGCCCAAAACUGCAGAAAUAUUGAGCUGCUCAGUCUCAAUGGUUGCACCAAGAUCACUGACAGUACGUGUAACAGCUUGAGUAAAUUUUGUCCCAAAUUGAAGCACUUGGAUCUCGCCUCCUGCACUUCAAUCACCAACCUGUCGCUCAAAGCACUGAGUGAAGGGUGUCCUUUACUAGAACAGUUGAACAUCUCAUGGUGUGACCAGGUGACCAAAGACGGCAUACAAGCGCUUGUGAGAUGUUGUCCAGGACUCAGAGGCCUUUUUCUCAAGGGCUGCACACAGUUGGAAGAUGAAGCGCUCAAGCAUAUUGGAGCACAUUGUCCAGAGCUGGUCACACUCAAUUUGCAGACGUGUUCGCAGAUCACAGAUGAAGGUCUUAUAACCAUCUGUCGGGGGUGUCAUCGGUUGCAGUCUUUGUGUGUGUCUGGCUGUGCAAACAUCACAGAUGCAAUUCUCAAUGCCUUGGGCCAAAACUGCCCCCGCCUCAGAAUAUUAGAGGUGGCACGCUGCUCUCAGCUUACUGAUGUAGGUUUCACCUCAUUAGCACGGAACUGUCAUGAGUUAGAAAAGAUGGAUUUGGAAGAGUGUGUACAGAUUACAGAUGGUACGCUUAUCCAGUUAUCUGUUCACUGCCCUCGACUGCAGGUUCUGAGUCUGUCUCACUGUGAGUUGAUCACUGAUGAUGGCAUCAGGCAGCUGGGCAGUGGACCCUGUGCUCAUGACCGUCUGGAGGUGAUCGAGCUGGAUAACUGUCCGCUCAUUACGGACGCAUCAUUAGAACAUUUGAAAACCUGCCACAGCCUGGAUCGCAUCGAACUCUACGAUUGUCAACAGAUCACACGCGCUGGUAUUAAACGCCUGAGGACUCAUUUACCCAACAUUAAAGUUCACGCCUACUUUGCACCCGUGACUCCGCCUCCAUCGGUGGGCGGGAGCCGCCAGAGAUUCUGCCGCUGCUGCAUCCUUCUAUGAUGUAAAAACAGACUGCGCAUCUUGACCUCUCACCCC